UGCAAUGAAACUCACCCUGACCACAAUCCGGGACGUUCUGCGGAACCGCAGCACCCUGGUGGAUCUUCUAGCGAUUCUCUUCGGGAUCAGUGCCGUGCUCGGACAUAACGCUAACUUCGUGCAGCUUCCUUUGCUAGUUCUGAUCGCUCCCGAAGGAUUACUUCUUCCGUCGCACCUCGUAGUCGUCAGCCAGUUUGGCAACCUGGGGCCGUUACUGUACCUGGCCCUUCAAAAGCUGACCGCCUGCAAAGACUCCUACCUGAUCUAUGGCCUUCUCGUGGUCAACAUGGUAAGCACAGUGUGCAUGGCCUUCUGGUACGACCAGACGGCUUACCUUUUCGGAGAGAACCGUUCCGUGGUCAUGCUGGUGUGCUUCCUAAUGGCAUCGUUAGUCAGUUGCACCAGUCCGGUUCUGUUCAUGCCGUACAUGGGACGCUUACGCGAUGUCUACAUGGUGUCGUACCUGAUUGGGGAAGGAUUCAGUGGGUUCAUUCCGAGUGUGGUGGCACUUGGGCAAGGUGUCGGAGGGAACGAAGAGUGCAUUUUGAACAACUCGAGUGAUCCGGGUGCUCCGGAGUUUAUCAGCUAUACGCCACCGCCGAGAUUCAGCUCUACGGUGUACUUCCUGCUCGUGUUUAUCUUCUUGGCCGUUUGUACGGUAGCUUUUGGUAUUCUUGAUAAGCACCCACGCAGCCGCGCUGAGUACGCUCAAGUGACUGUAAAAGACGGCAAUGAUUACACUUACGAGCAACCGAAGCAGGAACCAAACGCAGACUCGAAUGAACCGUCUAAAAAGGUACUGUCUCAACGCAGUUACCACUAUCUGUUGGUUUUUUUGGGCGUAAUCUUCAUGAUUGGCGGAGGAUUCGCUCCAAGUGUGAUGCCCUACUCGUGCCUCCCAUAUGGUAAUGAAGUGUACCACCUUUCAACCGCACUGGUGCUGAUAGCCAACCCGGUAGUAGCCUUUUGGCCAUGUUCCUCCAGACCAGAUCUAUCCGGAUGAUGCACGUCCUGGCAGCAAUUUCGUUGAUCUUUUCGGCGUACACGAUGAUCACGGCAUUGAUGCGUCCCCAACCUCCACUGGUAGGAACCACAAUUGGAAAUAUAUUCGUGAUUGUCAGCUGGGUUGGUUCGGUAGCACUGCUGAGUUACGUUCGCGUUGUAGCCGUUACCGUACUGCGCGAUCACGGGGGCAAAGCUCUGGUCUGGGCUGGAGCUUUUACCCAGUUUGGUACACUGAUCGGCUCCAUCGUGUCUUUUUCGGUGGUGAAUUUUACUGGGCUGUUUCAGGCCACUGAGGUUUGCUGAAUUUAGCUUUAGUUUGUUUUAUAAGUCUUUCAAUUGUAAUAACUGCACCGAAUUAAAAUACAAGCUACUUUCUAGCAGCUUAAAACAUUCUGUAAAUUACAACAGAAUACACACUCACACAAAGCUAACCACAGCUCUCAUUUAUCACUUGCCCAAGGAAGAAUAAAGCUG